UAAAGCACAGGUUGUUUGUCUCCAUCCGCCGUGCCAAGGGUCACAGGAGUGGUCACCUCCUGAGGUGCUGCCCCGUGCCAGCCUCCACUGUUGGCUGUGGCUCCUGGUUCUCCCCUGGGACCAGCACUGGAGGUGCUGGGCUGAAGGAGAUGAUGAAAUGUGGUGAGGAGAGGCAAUGUCCUCCCCAGCUUUGCCCGGUUGGGGCACAGUACACAAGGGUUGGUACAUUCCUGUCAAGGGCUGAGCAAGGAGCAGAGUUUUCGUCCUCUUCCGUGGAUUUAUUGCUCAAGAAAGCCCGGGCAGAGAGCAGGGUGCUCAGUGCACAAAUGACCCCAGGUGCUCCCCAUACCCACUGUUGCCCCAGGUCCAAUGCUCAGAGCUGCCCAUGGCACCCUGGGACAGGGCAUUGCCCCUUCUGGCACCACAGCACCAUGGCCAGGGCAGGAUUCCCUGCCAGCACUGCACAUCCUCUUGUCCCUGCAGCUGUCUGUGCCCCAAGCCCAUCUGUGCCCAGCAGGCACAGGAUGUUGGCCGAGGAGGUGCUAUCAGCCCAGCCCCGUGGCCUGACCUGCUGAUCCCUUUCACGCACCCUGCUAGGGCUGAUCCCUGUCCAAAGUCCCUUCCCAGGAUUUAUAGACACUGCCAGCAGCGCUGGGCUGUCAGAUCUCACCAUGCAGCUCCUGGCAUCCCUCACCCUCUGCCUCUGCGCAGGGCUCAGCAGCACCACUGUCAUCCCAGUCCCAGAGGAGGAGGAGAAACCAUCCUUCUGGAACACACAGGCAGCUGCAGCUAUAGAAGCCUCCUUCGAAAUCCAGCCCAAGAUACGCCAAGCCAAAAACCUCAUCCUCUUCCUUGGGGAUGGAUUUGGGAUCCCCACCAUCACAGCCACCCGCAUCCUAAAGGGGCAGCAGCAGGACAAGCCGGGCCCUGAGACCCCUCUUGCUCUGGAUGCUUUCCCCUACGUGGCACUCUCCAAGACCUACAAUGUGGACAGGCAGGUCCCUGACAGCGCAGGGACAGCCACAGCCUAUCUCUGUGGGGUGAAGGGCAACUACCAGACCGUGGGGCUGAGCGCGGCCGCCCGCCACUCGCAGUGCAACACCACGGCCGGCAACGAGGUGAUCUCAGUGCUGGAGCGAGCCCGCAGAGCCGGGAAGGCGGUGGGCGUGGUGACCUCGACGCGGGUGCAGCACGCCUCGCCCUCGGGGACCUACGCGCACGUGGUGAACCGGGACUGGUACGCGGACGCCAGCAUGCCCCCGGAGGCGCGGCAGCAGGGCUGCAAGGACAUCGCCUGGCAGCUGGUCCACAACGUCGACAUCAACGUGAUCCUGGGCGGUGGUCGGAAAUACAUGACCCCGGCGGGGACGCCGGACCCUGAGUACCCCACCGACCGCAAUCAGAGUGGGAUACGCGAGGAUGGGCAAAACCUCAUCGACAUGUGGCUGGAGAAACGGCCGGGUGCCCGCUAUGUCUGGAACAGGACAGAGAUGCUGGCUGCUGCUGCCAACUCCAGAGUGAAUUACUUGAUGGGUCUCUUUGAACCUGGGGACAUGAAGUACAGCCUGGUGCGUAACACCACCGUGGACCCAUCACUCACUGAGAUGAUGGAGGCAGCCAUCACCAUCCUGAGCAGGAACCCCAACGGCUUCUACCUCUUCGUGGAAGGUGGCAGAAUCGACCACGGCCACCACGAUGGUGCAGCCCAUAAGGCGCUGACGGAGGCGGUGGAGUUUGACCGGGCCAUCGAGCGGGCAGGCGCCCUGACAGACGAGGAUGAGACCCUCACUGUCGUCACUGCUGACCACUCGCACGUCUUCUCCUUCGGGGGCUACACCCUGCGUGGCUCCUCCAUCUUCGGUCUGGCCCCCAAGACAGCCCUUGAUGGGAAGAACUACACAUCCAUCCUCUACGGGAAUGGGCCGGGAUACCAAGGCCCUGACAGACCCGACGUGGACGUGGACACAGCCAUGGACUUCGAGUACCUGCCGCAGGCAGCUGUGCCCCUCGACUCAGAGACCCAUGGCGGUGAGGAUGUGGCCAUCCUGGCCAAGGGGCCCAUGGCCCAUCUCUUCCACGGGGUGCAGGAGCAGACCUACGUGGCCCACGUCAUGGCCUACGCCGCCUGCAUCGAGCCCUACACCAACUGCCGCCAGCGGGACGCUGCCCCUGGCAUCCGUGCCACCCCCCUGGCCCUGCUCCUGCCUGCCCUCCUUCUGCCCCUCUUCCACUGAUCCCAUGUCCCUGGGGCACCCCACGGGACAAAUGGCAGCUUUCUGAAGCAUCUCUGGUCUGGAUGCAGCAGCCCUGGGGACACCGACUCCCGGGCAGCGGGGUGUUAAAUAAACACAGGGUGACACUGGUGGGACAGGUGUGAUCGUGGAGCGGGGGUGCCUGUGCCAUGUGGGCAGGGCUGGGGGGGCUGCCCACUGCUCCCAUCCCCUGGCCAUGGCCCCUGGCAACCACCCAGCAUAUCCAGUGCUUUAUUGACCAGAAACAGCAGCGAAAAAUACAGCAGUGUCCGUGUGCCCGUGCUCCCAGGCAGGCUGGCAUCUCCCAGCCCGGCU